AUGACAAGAGAAUUUGAGAUGACUGACAUUGGCCUAAUGUCAUACUAUCUUGGCAUUAAAGUGGAGCAGAAGAGUGAUGGCAUCUUUAUUUCUCAAGGAGAAUAUGCAAAGGAGAUUCUCAAGAAAUUUGAGAUGGAGAAUUGCAAGCCUGUUAGAACCCCCGUGGACUGUGGAGUUAAAUUGUCCAAGCGUGAAGAUGGAGAAAAUAUCAAUCCCACAUAUUUCAAGAGUUUAGGCAUGAAGCUUAAGCUUGUUGGCUAUUGUGAUAGUGAUUGGGCUGGUGAUGUUGAUGAUCGGAAAAAUACUACCGGGUUUGUUUUCCUUUUUGGAAAUUCUGCAUUUACAUGGAAUUCCAAGAAGCAACCAAUUGUGACUUUGUCAACAUGUGAAGCGGAGUAUGUAGCAGCUUCUUGUGUUUGUCAUGCAAUUUGGCUAAGGAGCUUGUUAGAAGAACUUCACCAACCACAAGAAGAUGCAAACUAA